AUGUCGCAACCACUGACUGAGUUCCACUGGUUUCCUCAGCUUCCUGCAGAGAAGCGCCUAGAGAUUUGGUGGUAUGUGUACGAGAUGGAGCAGGGAGAGGUGGAGGAGUGCGAGAGAUUGGUCCAGAUUACCUACGACGAGGGGACCGAUUGCACCGUCUCGCUGAGCCCUAGCCCAGUUCUUUGUAAGUACACAUAUGGCUUCAACAAACGGUUCCCAAGCUAAUAUAUCAAUCCACUAGUGCAUGUAAACAAGGAGACCCGUACUGAGUUCAUCCGUUACUACGAUGUCCUCCCCAACAACCCCCUCGCCACCCCGAUCUACGUCCAAUACGACUACGAUCUCAUCUGGAUCCGGGAAGAUGAGUUUGGAAUAUACGCAAAUGAUGGAACUAUUCUCGAUCGGAUUCUCUCUCGCUUUCCCGUUGAUACGGACCUCCAACGCCUCGCGCUGGAUCACCACAUCCUGCAGCCGCUUAUUGACACUGAUAGCGACCCUCCCUCGCAAAACUCCUACUUCAGAAUCGAUGAUACCGCUUUGCGCUCGCUUGCCCUCUUGCACUCCAAUCUGACUCAAAUCGAGAUCAUUUUGGACAAGAGGAGUAGCCGUCACUCGGCUAUGGGACCUCGCCCUCGUGGCACCGCACCGCGUCCCAGUAACCAGAAGAAGAAGCCCCAAUACCCGUAUGAGAACUCCAGCCAUUUCAGCAUCAUUACCGGACACUUGGUGGAAUUCGCUCUGUUCGUACAAACCAUGUGGCUCGGACAGAAGGAUCCUUAUCCUUUGGCACAGUUCGAAGACGAGGUUAUCUGGACGAAGGGUAUAGCCAUUGCCCUGGAGGAGGAGUUGGAGGAUAUACUCAGUACCAAUGGCGUUGAAGCGAAUUUUAAGGUUGAAGUGUACGCGAGGGAUGGCCGGAAGGCGCCGUGUGUUUGUGACUAUUGUGGGCCCUAUAAGUACCAAUUGAUACACAAGGGCACUGUGAACAAUGCUCCACAAGAUGUUGCGGAGGGUUGGGAGAUGGAGGAAUUGGGAGAGUGCGAGAGGCUGCGCCUACCUGGUGUGAAGGACUCGGUCGCUGGUGUUGAUAGGGAGACGUUUCUCGCUUAUGAAGGAGAGACUGUCGUCAAGGAGCGUUAUCUCUGCAACAACCCGACGACUGGAGCUUGCGAGACUGAUGUCUGA